UGACUGGUUCUUAAAUGAGGAGGUGUUUUAUUGUCACCGAGUUCUCAACAUGUAACAGAAUUAGCGAAACAGAAAAGCGAAAUGCAGUUUCUGCUGUUCUAAUUAACUCUGCACUCUUAAUGAGUUCAUAACCACCCUGAAAGCUUAUAAACGUUUCCUUCAGUUCUCUCUCCCUCUCACGCUUUCAUGAUACACAACAAACAUAUUCAUGAUACUCAACAAACAGACACUUUCAUACAGAUUGCAUGAGGAAACAGAACAAAAACAGCCAUGACAAAGAGAAGAGCUUCAUCACCGAUGCGCCAACUUUCGAGGUUGAGGUCAAGACUCAUCAUCAUCCUCUGUGUUUCGCUAUGUGUACUGGCUUUACUUAGUGUAGUAUUCCAUUCUGAGUCCAACCUCCAGUCCUCAUUCCCCACCUCUCGAAGAAGGUCUCGUGCUUUUAUUGAUAUUCAGUUUGUUGGCCCUCCAAAGGUUGCUUUUCUCUUCCUGGUUCGGCGGGAUCUCCCUCUUGAUUUUCUCUGGGGUACCUUCUUCAAGAAUGGUGAUGGAGCAAAAUUCUCCAUUUACGUUCAUUCAGAGCCUGGUUUUGUGUUUGAUGGAUCAACCACAAGGUCUGCAUUCUUCUUUGGUCGACAGUUAAACAACAGCAUAAGGGUAGUAUGGGGAGAAUCAAGUAUGAUCGAAGCAGAGCGGUUACUAUUUGAAGAAGCUCUUUAUGAUCCAGCCAAUCAAAGAUUUGUCCUUCUCUCAGAUAGCUGUGUACCUCUCUACAACUUUAGUUACAUUUACAACUAUGUAAUGUCUUCUCCAAAAAGCUUCGUUGACAGCUUUAUUGAUGUUAAAGGACAUCGUUAUGAUCCAAAGAUGUCACCUACUAUACAUAAGGAGAGAUGGCGAAAAGGAUCCCAGUGGAUAACAUUGGCUCGAAGACAUGCUGAAAUUGUUGUGGAUGACGACACUGUUUUCCCCGUCUUCAGGGAAUUCUGCAAGCGAUGGCCGCCUACACCCCUGAGUUUUAGAAGGCGACUACUUGCAAUCAAUUGGACUUUCCAGCUUCCAUUGUUUACAUUUCAGAGGCAUCGCAAUUGUAUCCCCGAUGAACAUUAUGUGCAGACACUACUUGCAGUAAGCAGAAUGCUUCCUAUGCUUUUCAGUCUUGAUAGUCAUAAAAGUCCGGCCGAAGAUAACGAGAGGCUAAUCGGAGGGGCGGAAGAGGUAGAGGAAGAGCCAGGCGGCGAGGAGGCCGAGGGAGAAGGGGUGGGUGAAGAGGGAGACGGCGACGAUGAGGGCGACGACGGCGAGGUAGUUGACGCGGACGCGGAGGGUGGCGUCGGAGAAGGACUCGGGCUUGGCGAAGGCGGAGCGGUCGGCAAGCUCGGCCCAGGGGCGGCGCUGGGAGAGGCCGUUGCGGACGGUGUCGGUGAUGUGGUUGAUGAAGGCGCGGAAGGCCAGGGUGGCGAUCCGAGGCUGGGAGGCCUGGGACUCGAUGGAUCCGGCGGCGGCGACAGAGGUGGUGGAGAUCGGGAGGACGGGGGGACGGUGGUUGACAUUGCCGGUGGAUCGGGAUCUGAAAUUGUAUCAAGUUGGGAUCACAUUUCUGUUUAUCAUUUGCAAAUACUUGUUCAUAAUUUUUAUUUUUCGGAAUUUCAUUCAACUUCUUCGUCUGUGUCUUGUGACAAGAUAAGUGGACUUGACAACGAACUUGAACGACGAGCAGUGACCUAUACAUUAUGGAAUCAGUCAACCCUACAAGGGAAAAUAAAAUCUUGGCACCCCUUAACAUUUGAUUAUGCAGAAGCAGCUCCUCAAAAACUAAGACAAAUAAAGGAAAUCAACCACGUCUACAAUGAGUAUGAACAACACAAUGAGUUCUGCCAUACCAAUUCCAAAGUCACUCCUUGUUUCUUGUUUGCACGAAAGUUCACUCUUGGAGCUGCAAUGCGCGUCUUGAGAGAAGGUUUGGUUGGUUCUUAUGAUGUGACAGCAAUACUACGAGAUAUCUAGCCUCUGAAAUCAAACCGGAAAGGGAUGGACAGUGGCUCCUUCGGCAUAAUUAAGCAACUAUACCAUUACAAACAAAACAUCAACAGUUGCAC